CAUAAGUACAACUGUUUAUAUUUUUUCACCAAAAAAUGUAUUUUAUUAAUUAGUUUGAUUUUAAAAAUUUUAACAUUCAUGUAAUUUAACUAUUUGUUGCAUAUACACAUAAUUUAAACCUGAUCAAUCAUGUAUUAUAUGUACAAUUUCAAACAUUACUAUUUUAACCCAUUUAAACUGUAAAAUAUUUAACAAAAAGCAUACAUAACAUGGGAAAUGCGAAAUCAAUUGCAAAUUCAAUAAUAUUCCCAGCCCCUCAAGCCUCGUACGAUCAUAACCUUCCUGAAUUAGUAUGGGUUCCAAAGAACUUUGCAUCUAAAGAUUUAAACAUCGACAAACCCUCGUCUCGAUCCUUCCCAGUUCUGUUUAUCCGAUCACCUCAACCCUCAAGCCUAUUUUUUAUAUACUUGCACGCAAAUUGUUGCGACAUUGGACUCAUUAAACCAGAACUGUAUGAUAUCUCGGAAGCCAUCGGAGCAUCUAUAGUAGCUGUUGAGUACCCAGGAUACGGAUUAUCUCCAGAGAUAUCAGUAACUACAGGACCCUCAGUGAAUUUGCGAGUUAUCGCUACAUUCCAUUUCCUACUCUCACUUGGUGUUCACCCAAGCUCUAUAGUCUUUUUCGGUCGAUCUAUCGGAACUGGACCGGCAGCAUGUAUAGCUGCACAUUUUGUAAAAAAAGGAAUUAAAUGUGGAGGAGUUAUAUUGCAGGCACCAUACGUAUCGAUCCAUAAGAUAGUUCAGGAGUACUUCCCGCUUGGCUCAUGGCUAAUUGAUAAUUUCUGGGAUCUUGAACAGGCAUUGAAGGACAUGUCACCAUCAGUGCCACUUCUGAUUAUACACGGACUACUGGAUGAGAUAGUCCCAGUAUCCCAUGGACAAAGAUUGUAUGACUCUUACGAAUCUGAGAAUAAGAUGGCCGAUUUUCAACCUAACUCAAAACACAACUACUAUUCAAUUAAUGAGGAUUUAAUUGUUCCAAUACGGAAGUUUUUGAACAAAUUUAACAUAUCGGCAUAUAAUCCACCAAUGGAAAUAACACUACCCAGGUGGUGCCUUUCUAAGUCUAAGAAUGUGUUGAGAAGGAGAAGGUCAAAUAACUCUGAUAAAUCUUUCAAGACUACAACUGAAUCCAUGAGAUCACUAACGCUAAGCUCGUCUAGGACUAGUUCAAUACAUACUAGAACCCAGGUUUCCACAGCCAGAACAAGUGUGAGUGCCUCCUCACUACUUCAAGAAUCAAUACCGCCUGAACUCGACUCAGACGUCAAUCGCAGCAUUUGUCAUAGUAAUUUCUCAUCAUCACUGGAGGGCCUGUGCCAACGCAACUCAAUCAACAACGAAGACAUUUCAGACAUGGUAAACGACGCAAUCACUAGAAAUAAUAAUCCAUGAUAUUUUAAUAUACUUCAAAUUUUAAUAUACUAUACCAAAUUAA